GUUGUGUAAACGGUCGAGCAGCCGCAUUUUCAUAAUUGUAAAUAGCUAGUUUUAUAUUUGUUUUUAAGACAUGUUAAACAUAUUACGUCAGCGGCAUGCAACCUUUGCAACUGCAGCGCAACGCUUGCUACACAGCUCACAGGCAAGACCGGGCUAUAUAGUGCUUGUGCCUGAAAUUGGUGAGGAGGGUCCGCUGGGCGAGGGCCUGUUAAUGCCAGAUGGCUUGCCGGCCUUCAGCGACAUUACCAUAGAGAUGUGCCUUGGCGCCAUAGGACAACAGGCAUCGGCAGUGGAGAAGGCAGUCAAAGCGCUAGAGCAGGAUAUUCGCAGCGGCAAGCAGCUGAAGACAGCAGAUAUUUACAGCGAAUUGGACAUAGUCACAGCACCACUAGAGACUACCUGGGGCGUGGCCAAGGCUCUUUAUUUGGGCAACAGCACCCUGAUACCCACCAAAUCCUAUAUGAACAUACAUGAGCGUGCACGUAAUGCUCGUGCUGCCAAGUUCUGCAACAAGACCAUUUACAAUGCAUUGUUGCAGCAAGAGGCACAAGCAGCUGAUGGUGGCGAGGCAGAGCAACGACUCCGUCAGAAGUAUUUACUGGAAGGAAAAUUAAAUGGCUUGAUGCUGUCGAAGGACGCACAAGAUGGCUUGAAGGAGCUGCUGACACAGCUAGGACGUGAGCGUGGUAGCUUUAAGAAUAAGGUCAACAUGUCUGUGCAUGCAUUUGCGCAUGUGGUGAACGAUUUUCAGCUAGUGCGUGAGUUUCCAACUCCGCUGCUCGAAGCCACAGCACGUGAUGCCAGUCAGCCACUAGAGGGUCCUUGGAAAAUUACGCUGCAGCCACAAAUAGUUGAAGGUUUUCUGAAAUACUGUCCGGAUCGUCUACAGCGCUGGAAUGUCUGGCGCGCCAAUUCCAUAAAAGCCUCUCAGCAGCAGGAGAAGUCACUAGAGAACAGCACACAUCUGGAGAAGAUUAGAGGCUUGCGCAAGCGUCAGGCACAUUUGCUAGGCUACAGCAGUUAUGCAGACUUGUCGAUGCAAACCAAAAUGAUAGGCAACGUGGACAAACUGAAGCAAACGUUUGCUCAACUUCUCAAAUUUGCGGGACCUGCGCAAAGCGUUGAGCUAAGUGAACUGCAAAAGUUUGCCAGCGCCAGCGGUGCGGAGCAUAAAUUAGAGGCUUAUGAUGUUAGCUAUUGGAAACGCAAGCAGUUGCUGGAGGAUCAUCAGUUGAAUGAGGGUAAAAUAAGCGCUUAUUUCCCGCUGCCGCGCGUGCUCAAUGGACUUUUUGCAUUGUGCGAGAAACUCUUCAACGUGCGCAUAGAGCAACAGCCGAAGGCGGAAGUCUGGCAUCCUGCAGUUAAAUUCUUUAAUGUGUACGAUGGCGAUGCUAGCAAUAGUGCUGCACCCGUGGGUGGUUUCUAUAUGGAUUGUUACUCCAAGGAGCAUAAGUUUGGCAAGCACAAUGGCUGGAUGGUGGGCAUACGCAAUAGCAACAAGUCCGCCGAACUGGCGCCGCUUUGCGCAUUGAUAUUCAACUUUACAGAGAUACCCGGCAAGUCGCCAUUGUUAAGCUACGAUGAUUUACAAAUGGUAUUCAAGACUUUUGGUACUGGACUGCAGCAUCUUUUAACGCAGGCAGGCUACAGCGAUCUUGCAGGACUCUCCAACAUUGAAUGGGAUGCCUCUCAGGUGUCGGGCUAUGUCAUGAGCAACUUCCUAGAUGAUGCGCAAGUGCUGCAAACGCUUUCGGGGCAUUACGAAACGGAUGAGCCCAUAGAUCUGCAGCUGGCGCAGAAACUGCGUCUGCUGAAAACACAAAUGGCUGGUUACAAUCUUUGCCAGGAGCUGUACGUUGCCGAUUUGGAUGUAGAGCUACACAGAUCUAGCGCGUUUUGGUUGGAGGUGGUGCGCAAACUGUGGCCAGUUUAUAACAUCAUGGCGUUGGACAAGAAGGACGCACACCCCUGCUCCAUGACAGACAUCUUUGCUGGCGACUGGGCAGCAGCACACUUUAGUCAUUUGUAUUCCAAACUCAUAGCAGCGGAUAUUUCUAGCAGUUUUCAGGAGCAGCGCAGUGAUGAGCAUUAUGCCAGCGUGGGCAAACGUUAUAAACAAACAUUUUUGAGCUACGGCGGCUCUGUGCCCACAGCUGAAGUGUUUAGACGCUUCCAAGGACGUGAUCCCUCGGUGGAAGCGUUGUUGAAGUCGUUACAGUUAUUUAAACCAUCGCAGACCACCGAACACAAUUGAGUUUGAGUCAGCAUUAUUACCU